ACUAUGAUUAAUAAUUAUUUGGGCAUAUACAGGUGCUCUAGAUGUCACGAGAGGCAACAGACACUUAAUAUCAACUUGAAGUUGAGUUUUCGAAAGUACCUUUCUUUGGAAAGGAUUAAAGAUUGUAAUGCUUUCACUAAAGAUGGAGUGCCUUUUAUUUCUAUUUGAAUGCGUAGUAUGCAAAAGGAUUUUGCCACUUUUGAGUUGUAUGAAAAACGAAACUCCUUUGUUCUUAACUGCACCGUACCUGAUGGGAAUAAUUGGUUUAUGCUCUUUCUCGUUUUGUGUAGGUAGUGAAAAGAUUCAGAAAGUACAAACAUUUUCACAGAUAAUUGUACCACCAAAUUUUGUCUGUGUUGUUUCUUUAGUAAAUGAGUAUCACUUUUAUAACUCUAUCAAAAGUAAUCAAUUCUUUUCCAUUAUGACAAUAUUGUUGAUGAUGGGCUUCAUAUGUGGUGGACAGGGCGGUUGUGAGAAGUCAUUACAGUUUAGAAAUAGCUUUCUCGGCAAGGACAACUCUUUUUUGGAAAGAAAUAACAAACUAGUCAAAGUUUACAAAACAGCAGCUUUCAAAAGCCCUAAGAAAAGUCUAACAGUUUUUGCUGUGCAGACAAAGCCAGUUGACAACUUAGGCGACACUUUUUCUCAGAAAAACUCGAAUCAAGUCAAGGUGACACAAGUCCCGGAUGUACAUGGACAUUUUGGAAGAUAUGGGGGACAGUUUGUUCCAGAAACUUUGUUUUUUUGCUUGGAAAACCUUGCCAAAUGCUUUGGAGAAACCAGGAACGAUCCCAUGUUUCAUAAAGAACUAGACCUGCUUUUAAAAGACUUUGUAGGUAGGCCUAGCCCCUUGUAUUUUGCAGAGCACCUGUCAUCUAGAUACGCAAGAAAGGAUGGCUCUGGACCAAGAAUAUAUCUCAAAAGAGAGGAUUUGAAUCAUACAGGAGCGCACAAAAUUAACAACUCGCUUGCCCAGUGUUUACUUGCUCGAAAGUUAGGGAAAACGCGAGUUAUAGCAGAAACUGGAGCUGGGCAACAUGGUGUGGCAACAGCAACAGUAUGUGCACGGUUUGGUUUAAAGUGUGUAGUAUAUAUGGGAGCAAAGGAUAUGAAAAGACAGUCUCUAAAUGUUUUUCGUAUGCGUUUACUUGGUGCAGAAGUUAGAGAAGUUACUGCUGGUACGGGAACACUCACCAACGCGCUUUCUGAGGCUAUCAGAGAUUGGGUUACUUACCCUGAAGAAACUCACUAUAUUGUAGGCUCAGUAUCGGGUCCUCAUCCAUAUCCUUUGAUUGUUCGUGAGUUUCAAAGUAUUAUUGGAAAGGAAACAAAACAACAAGCAAAAGAGAAAUGGGGUACUAGUCCAGAUAUUUUGAUUGCUUGUGUUGGUGGGGGUUCCAAUGCUAUGGGGCUUUUUCAUGACUUUGUUGAAGAUCCUAAUGUGAGAUUAAUUGGAGUUGAGGCUGCAGGGGAAGGAUUAGGGUCUCAAAAGCACGCUGCAACGCUGACAUGUGGUCAAUUGGGAGUCCUUCAUGGUGCAAUGUCUUACGUUAUUCAGGAUGAAGAUGGCCAAAUCAAGGAAGUGCAUUCAAUAUCUGCAGGUUUAGACUAUCCAGGCGUGGGACCGGAACAUGCUUAUCUAAAAGACACAGGACGUGCGGAAUAUUUUGCAGUUACCGAUAGAGAAGCAAUACAAGGCUUUAAGUUGCUUUCUAGAAUGGAAGGCAUUAUUCCUGCUCUAGAAACAGCACAUGCAGUGGCUUAUUUGGAUAAACUAUGUCCAACCUUGUCAGGAAGUCCAAAUAUAGUGCUAUGUUGCAGUGGUAGAGGUGAUAAAGAUGUGCACACAGUAAUGGAUUACUUGAAAGAAAACGGUGAUAGUGAUAUCCAUUUGGAUGACCUUUAAGAUUGAGUCAUUGUUAGAAUACUAUAAAGUGAAUCUCUAUAUAUUCAUUAAGUUUCCUUCUCUGUGAGAUAUAGAGUAUCGAUGUUGAUUUGCAACUUUAACUAAAUUUGCUUCG